AUGGGUACUAAGGAGUUGUCGUCUGCAGCGUUGAGUGAAGUCGGCGAGAUCGAAGACCAGUUCCAAGCCCCGCGAUCAUCGUUCUGGGCCCAGCUCUCGAACCAUGGUGUCGAAAUGCGAGGCGCGGAGCCCGUGCCCAUCGAGAAGCGGACUGAUACGCGUUACGCGAACGUAUUGACCAUCUUCGCUACGUCCAUGACGAGCUUGUUACCGAUUGGUAUCGGCUCAGCAACGACCCUCGGGUUCGGGAUGUCGUUGCGCGACGCCGCGUUGAUGAUCGUGUUCCUCCAGUUUCUGUUCGCGGUCCCGGCUGCGUACAUCAUUACCAUCGCGCCGCUGACGGGGAUGCGGCAGAUGAUCCAGUCGCGGUAUUGUUUUGGAAAAUACUGCAACGUCUUAACGUCCAUCGUGGUGACGCUCACGGUCGGAGGGUUCGGCGUUACUGGUAGCAUCAACGGCGCGCAAUGCCUCGCCGCUGUCCGGCCAGGUACAUUACCCGUCGAGGGCGCCAUCGCCAUCAUCAUGGUUAUAUCCUUAGCCAUAGGAUUUAUGGGGUACCGCGUGAUGCACAUCUUCACGCGCUGGGCUUGGAUCCCGACGCUCGUCGCUAUCAUUAUUCUUGUUGGUGCUGCGGGCGACCAGCUUUGGCAGCAGACGCCCCUGCCGGCACGUACCACCGCCCAGGAAUACAUGGGAAUCGUGGCGUUCGCGGCCGGUAAUAUGAUUACCUGGAGCAACGUCGCGGGCGACUACGCAUGCUAUAUGCCGCCGACUGCGCCGCGGUUCCGGCUUGCCUUGUAUUGUUUGUUUGGCAUUGCGUUGCCAUUCUCACUUCUGAUGGUUCUUGGCGCAGCUAUUGGUGGUGCUGUCUUCACUAUACCUUCUUGGACGGCUGCGUACGAAGCUGGCGGCAUCGGUGCCGUUAUUGGGAAUAUAUUGAUUACUCGACUCGGCGACUUUGGCCGAUUUAUUCUGGUUAUUCUGGGUCUCUCGGUCCUUGGUACUUGCGGCCGCGACGUUUAUACUAUCUCCUUCAACCUGACCGCUGUGGCCCCUAUCUUGCGUCGAGUCCCUCGUAUCGUAUUAGCUGUUGUUGCCACAGCAGUUAUCAUUGCGGUGGCGAUUCCCGCUUCAAGAUCGUUCGUCGCGUCGGUGACGGCGUUUCUUAGCAUAAUCGGCUACUACGCAGGAGCAUCGGUGACGUGCUUCUUAACUGAAUAUUUAUGGUUUCGGAAAGGUGAUCCGAAUAGCCUCAACCCGAAAAUUUGGAACGAUGGCCGUGCAUUGCCGACGGGGUUGAGCGCAUUGUCGUCCGUACUCAUCGCGUGGGCGUUCAUCAUCCCAUCUAUGCAGACAGAUUGGUACACCGGGCCUAUCGCAAAGAAGACGGGGGAUCUCGGCUUCGAAUUCGCUGUUGUCGUAGCAUUUAUAGCCUAUAUUCUUAUCAGAUCCUUCGAGAUUAAAAUCCGAGGCCGACUUUGA